UCUCAAGCCGCCCUCUAUCGGCGGCGCCAUAGUGGUGGUAAACGACAGGGACACAGAAACAGCUGAUUAGCUUGCUAGCUGUUAGGUGAUGUCUUACUAUGGUCGUGAAUUUGCCUAAAUUAUUAGAUAGUCGUAAUUCAGCUGCCUUUUUAUUUUGCCCAACAUACGCCAUUUCGGGACGAUUUGUGUUUUGCCAUUUUAGGCCAAGCGGAACCAGAAGGAGCUAACGUUACUGUAGCCAGCUCGUAAACAUUGGAGACAAAACAACACUAAAAAACCUGAUUUAACAUCGAGCUGAAUAAUGGAUCAAAAUUACACCUUGUAUCCUGUUAAACUGUACGUUUACGACCUGUCUAACGGAAUGGCUCGCCAGCUGAGCCCCCUCAUGCUAGGGAAACAGCUUGAUGGAAUAUGGCACACUGCUAUUGUUGUCCAUGGAGAGGAGUUCUUCUAUGGGGGAGAGGGCAUCGCAAACUGCCCACCUGGUGGGACGUCCCUGGGAGAACCCAACUCCAUAAUAGACCUGGGCAUCACAGAAGUGACUGAGGAAAUCUUUAUGGAGUACCUGUCUUCACUGGGAGAGUCCACGUACAGGGGGAACCAGUACCAUCUGUUUGAGUGGAACUGUAACACGUUCAGUAACGAAGUGGCCCAGUUCCUCACCGGCAGCAAGAUCCCUGCCCACAUCACAGACCUGCCGGCUGAAGUGCUGUCCACACCGUUCGGCCAGGCGCUACGCCCGCUUCUGGACUCCAUCAAUAUUGCACCUCAGGGGGGCAACACCUUCAAUGGACAUUAUGGCCAGAGAUAGACCGAAAACACAGGUGCACAGAGUAAUAUAUUAAACGGUCUGUGUGGGAGAUCUGCAGCUCUGGACCUUUGUAAGUCCCUUACUGAUAUACAGUAGUCAGUCAGUGGGCCAGGCAGCAACCUAACCCAACCUGACCUCUUUAAUACCUUAAAGGCCCAGUGCAGUCAAAAAAAGUGAUUUUCCUGUUUUUUUUAUAUAUAUAUAUUUCCACACUAUGAGGUGUCAAUAAUACAGUGAAAUUGUGAAAAUUAUAAUGCUCUUUUAGUGUAGGAGCUGUUUGAGAAGACCGCUGGAAAUUUCAGCGUAUUUUGGUGGGAUGGCGUUUUGGCCUUUCAUGUUGACAUCACCACGUGGUAAAUUAGUUAAUAGACCAAUAAGAAAGAGUUCCAAAACUCUCUGCCAAUAUCAGCACAUUUUCAGUUUUCCCCUCCCCACUCAGACCACUCCCAGACAGUCCUCGCAAAAUUAUUUAUUGAGAAAUUCUCUUUGCUAAGAAAUUCUCUUUGCUAUUUUUUGACUCAUUUAAAAUAAUCACACUAAGGUACUUAAUUGUUCCCCAGAAAUGAUUUGAUAUUGAGAUAAAAACAGCUGCAUCUGACCUUUUACCCCAGCCCAGCCUGACACUCCCCAGACUUAACAUGAUCCUACCUAACUUACCCCUUUUCCACUAUAAACUUAAGUAAGUGAAUGAUAAGAUAGAUAUUUCUUCUACUCUCCAUAGGAGCCCAUGAUCAGCUGAAUGUAAAACUAAGGAGCUGCAAGGUUUCUAUCUAGAGCCAGAGCUGCAGCUCUUUCCUGCACAGGGGUGGGUAGGGUGUCCUUUUACCUUCCUGUUAUAAGUAAUUAAGUAAGCUAUUUUAGUGUUUUCAUUGUUCUUUUUUAAUUACCAUGACAUGACUGCAUUGACACUCCAGAGAGGUAGAGAGAAGGGAUAGAGAAGAUGAAAAGAGAAACAAACCACGUUUGAGAUUUUAGCUGGAGACGUGAUAAAAACUAUACAAAUUCUAACUUGCACUUGUCUUGAUAUUGUGAACUUGCGUAUUCACUUAUCUUCGUAUCAACUUCCAACUGUCUGGUGUCAAGGUUUAUCCCUUGAAAACAUUGUUACACACAAGCACACACACAUACUCAAGAUCAUCAAGCUAUGACCUCGUGUGACCUGUACAGACGUGCUCAAAUUUGUUGGUACCCCUCCACAAAAAAACAAAGAAUGAACUAUUUUCUCUGAAAUAACUUAACUGACAAAAGUAAUUGGCAUCCACUGUUGCUUAUUCCAUAUUUAAUAGAAAUCAGACUUUGCUUUAGAUUUUUUAUUAAACAUAAUAUUUUAAAUAAUAAAACAAAUGAAAAUAGCAUGGACAAAAAUGAUGGGACCCUUAACCUAAUAUUUUGUUGCACAACCUUUAGAGGCAAUCACUGCAAUCAAAUGUUUUCUGUAGCUCUCAAUGAGACUUCUGCACCUGUUAACAGGUAGUUUGACCCAUUCUUCCUGAGCCAACUGCUCCAGCUGUCUCAGGUUUGAUGGGUGCCUUCUCCAGACUGUAAGUCUCAGCUCUUUCCAGUUGUUCGAUAGGAUUCCGAUCAGGACUCAUAGAAGAUCACUUCAGAAUAGUCCAAUGUUUUGUUCUUAUCCAUUCUUAGGUGCGUUUAGCUGUGUGUUUUGGGUCAUUAUCCUGUUGGAGGACCUAUGACCUGAGACAGAGCUUUCUGACACUGGGCAGUAUGUUUAGCUCCAGAAUGCCUUGAUAGUCUUGAUUUCAUUGUGCCCUGCACAGAUUCAAGGCACCCUGUGCCAGGCGCAGCAAAGCAGCCCCAAAACAUAACCGAGCCUCCUCCAUGUUUCACUGUAGGUAUGUUGUUAUUUUCUUUGAAAGCUUCAUGUUUUCGUCUGUGAACAUAGAGCUGAUGUGACUUGGCAAAAAGCUCCAGUUUUGGAGGACAUUCUCUCAGGAUUGUGGCUUGUCAUUAUGCAUUUUAGAAAAUUCCAGUCUGGCGUUUUUUGUGUUUUUCUUUCAAACGUGGAGUCCUCCUGGGUCUACUUCCAUGGAGCCCAUUUUCUCUCAAAAAGCGACGGAUGGUGCGAUCAGAAACUGACGUACCGUCACCUUGGAGUUCAGCUUGUAUCUCUUUGGCAGUUAUCCUUGGUUCUUUUUCUACCAUUCGCACUCUCCUUCUGUUCAAUCUGGGGUCGAUUGUCCUCUUCUGGACGCGCCCAGUGAGGUUGGCUACAGAUCCAUGGACCUUAAACUUAAUAAAAUUUGCGACUGUUAUCACAGGAACAUCAAGCUGCUUGGAUAUGGUCUUGUAGCCUUUACCUUUACCAUGCUUGUCUAUUAUUUUCUUUCUGGUCUCAUCAGACAAAUCUCUCCUUUGCUUUACUCUGGUCCAUGUUCAGUGUGGUGACCACAAUGAUACCAAACAGCACAGUGACUACUUUUCUCCAUUUAAAUAGGCUGAAUGACUGCUUACAAGAUUGGAGAUACUAAUUAAAGAAACAAAUGAAUUUUUGAAUGAAAUAAUGAAAUGAUUUAUUCUAUUUUCUAAGGGGUACCAACAUGUGUCCAGGCCAUUUCAGAAUAUCUUUGUAGAAUAAGCAAUAAUUCAUCUCUUUUCACAGCUUCUUUGGUUUAUUCUAUGACAUACCAACGGCAUGCAAGUAUACCGCUUUUAAUUUACUCACUUUUCAUGAGGAAUGAAGCAUUAUUUCAAUGAGCUGUAAGGGCACCAACAAAUUUGAGCACGUCUGUUUGUAGGAUUUUACAGUAAUACACUGAACAACUGCAUCUUUCCAGAAUUGGUAUACUUAUACCUUUCAAAUUAGCAGGAAUGCACCAUAUCUAGGCAUUUCCAAAGAUUGGAAUGUUGUUGAGUCUCUGUACUGUUUUCUUACAAUCAGUGUGCAGCUGAAUGUUGUUCCAGCAUAGGAAAUCACUCUCCAUAUCGAGAGUUAUGCCAACCGCCAUUCACUUUUUUCCUGAUAUCAAGUGUCUGUGAUUUUGAUGCCAUUAUUUGUUUGUUUUGAUCUGUUUAUUUAUUGUAAUAUUAUAUACACAAGAUUGUCUUUGUAAGUUACAUACUUUAAUUUAUUACCUAAUGUCAUUAUGAGCAUACAUAUCAUUAUUAUUAUUGUAUUAUCAAGAUUUAAUAUAUUCGGUAAUUCACAUUUGGUAUUAAGUCAAAGUUGUGAUACCCCCAAAAUGUCCAUCCUUACUCUGUCCACUAUUGUGAUGUAAAGAUCCUGUUUAUAUUUAACAAAACUCUUGCCUCUGCUUGAUAAAGACAACUUUUCUCUAAG